GACAAGGACGUUUUAAGAAUCUGGUGGAAUUGAUUUGAUAGUAGUAUACAAUUGUGAUGUAUAUAUACAUACAAAUAUUAACUGUUCUUGGAUUUAUUGAAAGGAAAUGACUUUAAAUUACAAGAAGCGUGACCCACACGUUAAGUCAGUCUUUCUUUACUAAUAUUCUUUUCGAUUAGUCAAAUAAACCUCAUGAACAAGUCAUUGGAGCCCACUUAAACUCUACUUUUCUAUUCUUCUUCUUUCUUUUUGUUAUUCUAUAUAUUAGUUAGCAACUUCCACGUUGUAGCGAUGGAAGGAUCCAAGCUACUUCCUUGCGUCCAUAAGUCUCCGGUUCCCACCUCCCACCAAUUAUAUAUAAAUUAUGAGAUUUUGGGUUUAACAAAACUCAAAAAACACAAAUACACCCAAAACAAGAUGAGCUCCUCUGACUCUUCUUCCGCCGAAUCCCGUCUAGCCACGGCUAAGACGGUUCUCACCACCGCGGCUUCGGUGGCUGCGACCGCAAUGCUAGCUCGAUCUUUAGUCCAAGAUUAUUUGCCUGACGAGGUGCAUCACUACAUUUCCUAUGGAUUCCGUUCCAUCUUUGGUUACUUCUCAUCCCAAAUGACGAUAAUCAUCGAAGAAUUUGAAGGUUUUGCUCACAAUGAAGUCUUUGAAGCUGCAGAGGCCUAUCUAGCCACCAAGAUCUCUCCUUCUAACAAAAGAAUCAAAGUGAGUAAACAUGAGAAAGAAAACAACUACAAUGUCACCGUGGAGCGUGACGAAGAAGUUGUUGACACCUACAAUGGCGUCAAAUUCCAGUGGAUCCUCCAUUGUCGUCAUGUCGAGUCCAAGCACUUCCACAACCCACGGGAUCUAAACUCCACACUGAGAUCUGAGGUCCGAUCAUUCGAACUCAACUUCCACAAGAAAUUCAAAGACGUAGCUCUUGAAUCUUACUUGCCAUUCAUGGUGAAAAGAGCCACGUUGAUGAAGCAAGAGAAGAAAACACUCAAGAUCUUCACUCUCUCCCCAGAAAACAUGUAUGGGAACUACUCUGACGCGUGGACCUCUGUUACUCUUGACCAUCCUUCUACCUUCAAAACUCUAGCAAUGGAUUCAGAUGUCAAGACAAGUGUGAUGGAAGAUCUAGACAAAUUCGUAAAGCGAAGAGACUUCUAUAAAAGGGUUGGUAAAGCUUGGAAGAGAGGUUACUUGCUGUACGGUCCACCAGGCACAGGGAAGUCAAGCUUGAUCGCAGCCAUGGCCAAUCAUCUCAACUUUGAUAUAUACGACCUAGAGUUGACCGCGGUUAACAACAAUUCUGAGCUCCGGCGAUUAUUGAUUGCCACUGCUAAUCGUUCGAUUCUUAUCGUAGAAGAUAUCGAUUGUUCACUAGAAUUGAAAGAUAGGACUAGCGAUGAACCUCCUCGGGAAUCUGACGAUAUAGAAGAUCCACGGUAUAAAAAAGUGACACUCUCUGGACUGUUGAAUUUCAUAGAUGGUCUAUGGUCAAGCUGCGGUGACGAAAGGAUCAUAAUCUUCACAACCAAUUACAAAGAGAAACUCGACGCGGCCUUGCUGAGACCAGGACGUAUGGAUAUGCACAUCCACAUGUCGUAUUGCACACCAAGUACUUUCAAAGCUCUUGCUUUGAACUAUCUUGAGAUCAAAGAGCACCGCCUUUUCAGCAAGAUCGAGGAAGGUAUUGAGGCGACAGAGGUCACUCCAGCAGAAGUAGCUGAACAGCUUAUGAGAAAUGACUCUGUAGACAAGGUUCUUGAGGGUUUGAUUGAGUUCUUGAAAGUCAAGAAGAUCGAAAACGAACAAGAUAAGGCCAAAACAGAGAAGCAAGAGUUGGAGAACAAGAAAAAGACCAAGGAGGGAACAGAUUCCGUAGUCAAGAAAGAGGUUGAUGAACAGCUAGUGAGGAAUGACCGUGUUGAUAAGGUUCUUGAGGGUUUGGUCGAGUUGUUAAAAGCCAAGAAGAUCGAGGACGACCAAGAUAAAGCCAAACAUGAGGAGGUUGAACAACAUUAACUUGUGAGAUAUCAAUACCUAAAUCAUUAAAUCGCCAGUUACUGUCUAUAAUCUACAGAUUCAUUUAUAAACCUAGUCCUAAGAUAAAAUAAUCUUAGAGAGAUUGAGACCAAAAAAGGGAAAAAAUUGAGGAGAUCAGAUAAAACACCUCUGCAUCCGAGUGGUAGCUGUAAAGAGAAGAGCACGUGUAUUUAUACAAAACUAUGCGUUUAGCUUGUUUUUUCUCUCUGUUUUUUUUCUAACUUUUUUUAGCACAAUUUGUUUUAAGCUACUAAAAAAAAAGUUUGCCGACAAAAAAAAAAAGGUUAAAUUUUAACUUUCCGAAUCUUAAUUUAUGACAGUUGAUUUUUUUUUAUCUCACCGAUAAAAUAAUAUCUUCAAGCCACAUUUGUGAAAUUGAAAAUCUCAAUGAUUCCGACAAAAAAGAAAAUCUCAAUGAUUCCUUCCUUGUAUCGAGAAAAGGAAUUGACACUAAUUAAGUGGGCCAAAAUUUUGGCACCACUACACAAUUCGUUUAGUCAAUACUAUUAUUAAAUGGGCCGUACAUGUUUUAAUUUUCUUCCUUUCUUUGUAGAUGUAUAAUUGAUCUUCUUCCUUUUCCUCAAUUUCUAUUUUUCCUUAAAAUUGGGCUUUU